AUGGCUACACCAGGUGUGUGCAUGAACAUCAUUAAUGCACGACACAAGAAAGAUGGUUUGGGAACCGUCUCCAACCCUGAAAAGUUCCUCAACCAAGACUACCAGCUACUGAAACAAUACUGUAACAUCAAUCGCGUAAGGUAUGUCGACGAUAUGUUCCCGCCUGACAGGAGGUCCAUUGGCAAAGACAUAUUGAGCCCUUCUGAUCUUGCCGCAGUGGAGUGGAAGAGACCAUCGAACAUUGUUUCCAAUCCAUCUUUUGUUGUUGAUGGGGUCUCCAGGUUUGACUUUGGUCAAGGCAUGAUUGGAAACUGCUGGUUUCUUGCAUCAAUUGGAGCUCUGACAUUCCAGGAUGUCAUCCUUAACCAAGUUGUGUCUCCUGAGCAAAAUUAUGAUGAGGACUACUGCGGGCUGUUCCACUUCAGGUUCUGGAGAUUUGGAAGGUGGGUGGAUGUCGUCAUUGAUGAUAAGCUACCAACAAUCAAUGGGAGACUGAUCUUUGUUCACUCCAAAGACCCAACUGAGUUCUGGCCUGCUUUGCUGGAGAAAGCCUAUGCCAAGGUAUGUGGUUCCUACUCGGACAUGAAUUCUGGAACUCCUUCUGAGGCCUUGGUGGACUUCACAGGUGGUGUUCACAUCUGUAUUGACCUGUCAGACCCUCCUCCAAACCUCUGGGAACUGAUGUGCAGAGCAGGCAAAUCUAAAUCACUGAUGGGCUGUGGUACACCUCAAGGGGAAACAUCUGCGAACACUGUACUACCAAAUGGAUUGGUCCAAGGCCAUGCCUACGCUGUCACAGGUGUGAAAGAGGUGAUAAGCCAAGGGCAAAUGGUGAACCUGGUGCGCCUGUGGAACCCCUGGGGCCAAGGAGAGUGGAACGGAGACUGGAGUGAUAGGUCGCCUUUGUGGCAAACUGUUAGUCCUGAAGAUCGUCAGAUGUGCCUUUCUGUUUGUGAUGAUGGCGAGUAUUGGAUGCCCCUGAAAGCCUUCUGUGAGUUCUAUUCAGAUCUCGACAUAUGCUGCCUGUGUCCUGACUUCCUGGAUGGAAGCACUUCGUGCCACUGGAAGACCUCCUUCUAUGAGGGCAGAUGGGUGGCUGGAACCACUGCUGGAGGAUGCAUGAAUAAUAGAGACAGCUUCUGGACUAAUCCACAGUUUCGGGUCAAGAUUGACAAAUUACUCAGUGACUGUUCUGCGGCACCAGAUGAAAAAAACAUGCUGGUGUCACUCAUGCAAAAGCCGGACAAGAGGAACAGACGCCUGGUCCAAAAUCUCCACAUUGGAUUCUCUGUAUUUGAGGUCACUGGAGACUACCAGGCACAGAGGGGGAAGUUCCCAGCCUCAUUCUUCAACACCCACGCACCUAUUGCCCAAACUAAAUCCUACAUGAACGCACGUGAGGUGAUGGAGUUCCUCAUGCUGAAGCCUGGUGAAUACCUGAUUGUGCCGUCCACCUUCAAUGCCAAUGAGACAGCCUCCUUCAUCCUGACCAUUCUCUCCAAGGCAGAGACCCAUGUACAUGAGAACUCUGGAGGCCAUGACCACGAACACACGAAAGUCGAACAGACCAUACCAGUCAAAAACGAAACAGAUGACGACAAUAAGAGAACCUUGUUCCGUCAAUACUCUGAUAAGUACGAAGAAGUGGAUGCUGAGAAGCUCCAGGAGCUUCUAAAUGAGCGAAUCCUGAAAGGAGACCUGAAAUCUGGAGGCUUCAGCACUGAUGCAUGUCGCAGUAUGGUUGCUCUGAUGGAUACAUCAAUUACUGGCAAACUAAAUGAUGGGGAAUUUGUUCGUCUGUGGAAGAAAAUCGUCAUGUACAAGGACAUUUUCUUCCGCACUGAUGUUUCCCAAACAGGAACACUGUCACUGAAUGAGCUCCGGAACGCGAUCAUGGCUUCGGGAAAGAGGAUCAGCGAUGAUAUGCUGAAUCUGAUGGCUCUGCGCUACGGCUCCUCUUCUGGACAAAUAACGCUGGAGAGCUUCAUCAGUCUCGUCCUUCGCUUCGACUGCAUCAACAAAAUCUUCAGCCAGUUGUCUGAUGGAAUGACCAUGACUCUUCGUGAGUCAGAGUGGGUGUACCUUUCGAUGUACACCUAACCUGACAGAGAUGAUCAACUGCAGGCUUUGUCUGGAAUUACAGCAAUAAAUGAUGUGAAUAAACAAAACAAUUGUUUUUUUUUCUGUAAAUGAGCUAAAUGAUUGUAUGAAACAACAAGGCAUUGACCUCAAAGUUUUCUAAUAUUACUGGUGUAACAAAAACUGUGUCCUCACUUCUCCUUUUUUUGUCCUGUGUCACACAUUUGUCCAGACAACAAACUGGACAAACCUGCACAGCAAAGCCACUGAAGACAGGAUAGGCAAUUUGCAACGCUGGCGAAAAUGUUGAUAGCAAUGACAAAAAUACAGUUUAGGAUUGUACCUCAUGAGUGUGUUGUCAUUCUAAGGUUAAAAUUUUAACAUUUGUUACAAAUGCUAUAGUUUACUAUUGAAAAACAUUUUUCUUUCUUUAGAUUUUAAAUAACUGAAUUAGAGCAUGGUCACAAAAUGUGUAUCAAAUCAUUGAUGAUGAGUGUUGUUACACCCCCAGUUAGUGUACAGUGAACUAAAGUAAUGUAUUACAACCUGCACUGUGUCAAAAAUAAGGUUCCUUUAUAAUGCUAUAUGCUGGUCUCUCUGAUGUUCUGUCUUCAUUUGAUGUGAAUUAAAAUAUGUUUUAUUUUACUGUCAUGUGCAAAUAGCCUUUCAUUAGCCAUGCAAGUCUCGGUCAUCCCACCACUUCAAUAAAUAUCGGAUGGAUUUACAUAAA